AUGGCUGCACAGCCUACUCGACAAUGGGGCGUGACCCCUCCCAUAUCGACUGUUCUUCCUACAAAAGAUGAGCUCGUUGCCAAUGAUGACCUCAUUGCGGAACUGAAGGCGCAGAAUAACUUUGAACCCCCAGCCGAGACCGAACGGAGACAACAAAUGCUGCAGCUACUCCAACGAGUUGCCUUGGAGUUUGUCAAGCUUGUCAGCCGCAAAAAAGGAAUGUCACCUGCCGCCGUAGAGGCUGCCGGUGGUAAGAUCUUUGCAUAUGGAAGUUAUCGUCUCGGUGUAUAUGGGCCAGGAUCUGAUAUCGAUACCCUUGUCGUUGGCCCGCAACACGUCCUGAUCGAAGAUUUCUUCGCUGAUUUCCCACCCGUUCUCGAGAAGCUGGCGCCAGCAGGCACAAUUGAGAAGAUGACCCCUGUACCCGAUGCAUUUGUCCCUAUUAUCAAGCUAGAGCUGGCUGGGAUCAGUAUUGAUCUGAUUUUCGCGCGACUUAUUGUUCCCUCGGUGCCCAUGAACCUCGACUUGAAAAACAAUGACUACCUGCGAGGGCUUGAUGAAAAGGAAGUUCGAUCGCUCAACGGUACUCGUGUUACUGAUGAGAUUCUGGAGCUUGUUCCGCAACAAAAGACUUUCCGUCUAGCACUACGUGCAAUCAAACUUUGGGCGCAAAGACGUGCUAUCUAUGCCAACAUUGUCGGGUUUCCCGGAGGUGUUGCAUGGGCCAUGUUAGUGGCUAGAGUCUGCCAACUGUAUCCCCAAGCCACUGGCUCGGUUAUCGUAGGCAAGUUCUUCCGGAUCAUGAACAAGUGGGCGUGGCCGCAGCCUGUCUUGCUCAAGCCUAUAGAAGAUGGUCCUUUGCCAAUGAAAGUUUGGAAUCCCAAGAUCUACCACGGCGAUCGUUUCCACCUCAUGCCCAUAAUCACACCCGCCUACCCUUCCAUGUGUGCAACACAUAAUAUUUCCAUGUCCACAAAGGCUGUUCUUCUCCGAGAGCUCCAAAGAGGUGGUGAUAUGGUGGACAAAAUCUUCAUGAAGCAACUCUCCUGGAAUGACUUAUUCACACGCCAUACCUUUUUUACAAAUGCUUAUAAGUACUAUCUCAGUAUCACGGCCUCGAGCAGGACGAAGGAGGCAGAAGGCGUCUGGUCUGGUCUAGUUGAAUCGAAGCUGCGUCACCUUGUCGGAGCCCUCGACAGAAAGGCCGUCAUCGCAGUCGCCCACCCUUUCCCUAAAGGAUUCGAGCGCAUCCAUAUCAUUCAAAAUGAGGAGGAAUUGGCUGCUGUAAAGACCGGAUCCACCAAAUACCAAGCUAGUGGAACAACAACGGAGAUGACCGAUGAAACCAACGACGCUGCUCACCAAGCUGCGGCUCAGAACGGGGCUGAGAAUGUGACAGUCCCAGAGCCGGCAGAGAAGCCCGCUGAAACAAAUGGUGGACAAACCGUUUAUACCACGACGUACUAUAUCGGCUUGGAACUGAAGCCGCUGGAACCAGAUGUCUCAAUAGAAACCCCACGACACCUGGACAUUUCGACCGAUUCCCAGAUUUUCAAAUCCACCUGCACUUCAUGGCCUGGAUACCAAGCCGAUGUCAUGGACUUGGCCGUUACUCACGUUCGCAGUUUCGAUUUGCCGGAUGAUGUCUUCCAGCCUGGGGAAACCCGACCGAUUAAGAAGAAGGCCACAACAAAGAAAGCCAAGUCAGCCAACGCAUCCGCCCAGGGCCAGAAGCGAAGACUCGACGAGUUGGACAAUCAAUCUCAAGGUACUGCCAAGCGCCAAGUUACUCCCAACACCAUGUCCGGUGCUCCUACCCCUGCAUGA